UCUUCAAUGGCGGACCUCCCGUGAUUCCUCGAUCGCUUGCCCUAAUGGUUUUAGAGAUAAAUCCCUAGCUUCUCUUCUCCUCUUCGUGAAUUCAUUGCCUUCGUUUACGUCCCCACGAGCUCAGUGAUGGAGUUUUUGUUAGGGCUUGUGCUUGGUCUCGCCGCUGGCGUCGCCCUCAUUAUCGCUUUCGUCCAAUUGGAGAACUUCCGAUCCAAGAAGCGCGCCGAGUUGGCUACUACUAUAGCAGCUUUCUCAAGAAUGACCGUUGAAGAUUCAAGAAAGAUUCUUCCAGCUAAACAUUACCCUUCAUGGGUUGUUUUUGCACAGAGGCAAAAGCUAAAUUGGCUUAACGUUCAACUUACAAAAAUUUGGCCUUAUGUAGAUCAGGCAGCAUCUGAGGUAAUAAAAAGUUCUGUUGAGCCAGUUCUUGAACAAUAUAGGCCAGUUGUCUUAUCUUCCCUCAAGUUUUCAAAGUUAACUCUUGGGACUAUUGCACCUCAAUUCACAGGUGUGUCAAUUGUUGAAGCAGAUGAUUCUGGCAUCACAAUGGAAUUGGAGAUGCAAUGGGAUGGAAAUCCCAAUAUUGUGCUAGAUGUUCAAACUUACUUGGGUGUGGCACUACCUAUACAGGUGAAAAACAUUGGGUUUACUGGUGUUUUCCGUUUAAUCUUUAAACCAUUGGUGGACCAGCUUCCAUGCUUUGGAGCUGUCUCUUAUUCUCUCAGAGAAAAGAAAAAGUUGGAUUUCACUUUGAAAGUUGUUGGUGGUGAAAUAUCAUCUAUACCAGGAAUUUCUGAUGCAAUUGAGGAAACUUUACAUGAUGCUAUUGAAGAUUCACUAGUAUGGCCAGUGCGGAAAAUUGUCCCUAUAAUACCUGGUGAUUAUAGUUACCUUGAGCUAAAGCCUGUCGGGACAUUGGAAGUAAAGCUCAUUCAAGCGAAAAAUUUAUCGAAUAAGGAUAUUGUUGGAAAAUCCGAUCCAUAUGCUGUGCUUUAUAUUCGUCCAUUACAUGAUAGAAUGAAGAGAAGCAAAACCAUUAACAAUGAUUUGAAUCCCAUUUGGAAUGAGCAUUUUGAAUUUAUUGUUGAAGAUGCUUCUACUCAACGUUUAAUAGUAAAGAUCUACGAUGAUGAAGGUGUUCAGGCAUCUGAACUAAUUGGAUGCGCUCAAGUUUUGUUGAAGGAUCUUCAACCUGGGAAAGUUAAGGAUGUUUGGCUUAAGCUUGUCAAAGAUUUGGAAAUCCAGAGAGAUAAAAAGGAUCGUGGUCAGGUGCACCUCGAACUUCUGUAUUGCCCUUUCGGAACAGAGAGUGAGUUUACUAAUCCUUUUGCCAACCAAGACUUAUCGAUGACUUCUUUGGAGAAGGCUCUUAAAAGUGAAGCAAGUGAAACCGAUGUUACCGAUAUUGAUAAGAUGUCAAAACAUAGGAAAAAAGAUGCUAUUGUGAGAGGAGUCCUCUCAGUGACAGUUAUAUCAGCUCAAGACUUGCCUUCAAUGGAUGUUCUAGGGAAAGCCGACCCUUAUGUUGUCCUAAGUAUGAAGAAAACCGAAACAAAGAACAAAACAAGAGUUGUGAAUGAUAACUUGAAUCCUACAUGGAAUCAGACAUUUGAUUUUGUUGUUGAAGAUGGACUACAUGACAUGCUCAUCCUGGAAGUUUGGGAUCAUGAUACAUUUGGGAAGAAUUUCAUCGGCAAAUGCAUAAUGACUCUCACAAGAGUCAUUCUGGAAGGGGAAUUCACAGACAGUUUUAUCCUGGAUGGAGCGAAAUCCGGGAAAUUGAAUCUGCAUCUCAAGUGGUUACCCCAACUAAUAUACCGAAAUCCUUAAAUAUUUCAAAUGGAUUACUUCCAAAAGAAUCGAAGAAAUUUCAUCUCGAAAUUGAUUCAAUUCUUGGAUGAACAGCCUCAAUCACACUGCCACAUUUCCGAUCUUAGUUAUUGUAUAAUGUGUAUCCUUCUUUUUCUUUC